AUGCCUAAAAGUACCAAGAAAUCAUCCAACGACAUCGAAACGAACGAUGAGAAUUCCAAACGAAAUUUGGAAGAGUCUCUGACCAGUGGUGGUGCCACAUCUAAUCUUUUUAUUCAGAUAGAUGAUGAAAAGAAUGAAACGGCCAAGGACAACACUGAAGCAUCAGCAUCAAUAACGGAUGCAUCUGUUUCAUCGACGUCGAACAAUGCUGUUGCAAAAUCUCCAACUUCCUCUGUGGUAGAGUCUCGUGAAACAGCCUCUUCAUCAUCAUCCUCUUCACCCAAUCAUGGUGAUCAUCAACAGUCCUCUACAACCUCAUCAGGUUUGACAACAACUCCCAAAAAGACGCAGCAACCCUCAUCAGCAAACUCUGCCCCUCUCACCCAUCAACCCUUCCAGACAACACCCGUCGUCCAUCAAGCCAUUGCAGGUAACCCAUCUCACGUGAUGAUGAAAGAAGCGGUAACACAAUCAGGUAGUCAUCAAGUCUUGGGUACUCUGGUCUCGAGCGCAACCCACAAACAACACUCGAACAGCACCAAUAAUCUCCCUCUUGGCACCCCAACCACGACUGUGUUCCAUCAUCAUGCUCAUCAUCCUUCGAGUGCCACAAUCAUUGCUCAAGGUGGACCUCCCACGGCCGUGCAAUUUUACAAUCCAUUCCAUACACCACCUCCUCCUCACACCGGUUCCACACCGAUUGUGAAUGGUGCCAAUGCACCUCCUCCACCACCACUCUACCCACCCUAUGCAUAUCCACCCUAUGGAUUUACUCCAAUGUAUCCUAGUCAUUCGAUGAAUAUGGAGGGAAUACCGUAUGCACUUCCACCUCAUCCGAUUCCUCAACAACAGCCACCACAACCACAACAAAUGGAUACUUCCGAGGAUAGUUCGGAGGAAGAAUCUGAGGGUGGCGAAUCGGGAGAAGCAUCCGAUGACAGCUCUUCCAACAGCGCAGCUGAAGAGGAAGAAGGUAUUGUAACUUAUCAAAAGCCAUCACCCUAUACAGAGCUAAGGAAGAAGCACAACAAGCUACUUAAGGAAUAUGAACGAAUACAGCGAGAACUCUCUGCUGCAAUGGCAGAGUUGACCGAGCUGAAAAAGCGAAAACGAGUUGAUUUUCCAUUCCCAACACAACCCGUUAUGGCCACCUCGAAAAAGAAAAAGUUUAACAUUGUCAUGCUGGAACAGCAGCAAGCCAUGAUGCGUGCAGCAUCUGUAUCUAGUGACACCAGCACCUCAUCUACGACACAACAAACAACUGAAAGUAAGACGCCGUCAAAAAAUCAAAUUAUUCAACCUAUUGAGGGCCUGGCUCCAUCGCUUCCUCCUAAGACAAACAAUGUUGACCCAACUAGAGAGAUGUAUCAACAAAUUGAGAACUCAUUGGCCAAUCUUCCAGGCUCUGAUGCAUCUGUGCCUUUUUCUUCUGCUGUAGGGUCGUCAUCCACUUCUUCUAGCGCUGAUGAAAAUGGUGGUAAGCCAAUAACACUGAACAAGUUGGCACAUAUUUAUUAUUAUGACGGAGGAUGUGAUGGUCAUGGCACCAGACAGCUAAAAGCCAAUGGAAAGAGAAUUUUCAUGGACAUUGCUUGGGAUGAAAUUAUCAAAUUUAGAAAAGCUGAUGACUGCCUUCAUAUGUGUAUUUUUGUAAAUACAUCAACUGUGGACAAGGUUAAAGAUUCUGAUUUGAUUGCAACUUUUAAGAUCCUACGAAGCGAUGGUGACAAAGUGAAAAUUUCCAAGAUUAGAGAAAACCUUAGAAAACUUAAUCUACAGAAUCAAUUCUCUCAUAUUGGACACAUCAAAUUCUUUAUUCAACUCAGAGGCAAGGACAAGCUUUUCGACUAUACCGACAAGAUUCUGCUUUAUUCGAAAACGCAGCACAAUGUUUCUAAUUUUGAACCUCCCAAUCAAAGAGAGUAUACAGAAUUAUCCAAGCUUUUCUAUCAACAAGAUCGUUUUAUGAUUUACAAAAAAGAUUAA